CUAUGCAUUCUAUCCUCAAGAUGGCGGAGAAAUAGUGAUGUGACCAUGACCUUGAUGGAAUCUAUGACAUGUAAUGGCCAAGACCAAAAACCAGGAAGGCACUUGUUCUACACCGGUGAAGGGCCAGGUCAAUCACAGCAAUCUAGAUAAAAACCAGGAUUCACCGCAGUGUGAUGCUGAAGAACACUCAACUACGCUUAUAAAGAGAGGGAAUGCUACAGCGUCCUCUUCAAAGUUUGGCAAGCGCUCCCGAUCUUCAUCUCCUAAACAACAAGAUUCGUCACCAAGACGAAGUCCUAGAACUGUUGCCCCACAGGAACAUGCAUGUCAGACAGAAUUUUCAGUGCUAGACCCUUUACACCAAGUUACUGAUCGCUUGUUACAGAAAACUACCCCAUCCCCCAAGGGUAAACGAAAAAAAGUAGCUCCUGGUGACAUAGAAGACAGGGGAGUUUCUAAGACUAGCUCAAACGAGCAGGAUCAAACUGCUUCUCCUAAACCACAGUCAAAAACUGUUUUUCCUAGCUUGAAUGUUGACUCUCUACCAGAAAGAAAGUCUGGAGAUGGAACCAGUCAAGAUCAAAGCCGUAUCUUUGUGUACCAGAAUGUAAAGCAUGCUAUAAGUGGGUUACCUGCUGGGACCAAGACGCCUGAAGGAACUAGCACGCCCAUUGUUUAUAUACGAGACGUGUUACAAGGGGAGGAGGAAUCGAGUGUGGCAGGGAGUGGCACCAUUAGUGGAUGUGAACUGAGGAAACAUUUGUUAAAAUCCUUCAGCUAUCUUACAGAUAUGGCAAAUGAGGAGCCAAGCCUUGCAGGAAACAAGAAGAAAGUCUCGCCUAAAAAGGGACCCAUGCAAACACCAGUGAAAAAUGAAAAUCAUGAAUUGGCUAAAAAUGUGGUUGAAAAGCCUAGCAAGACCAAGAGUGUUCCUAAAUCUCUGAUAAAAGACAAUUCAGAAAAGAAAGAAAAUCUGAAGGGAAAUUCUAUGUUGUUAAAAGAGUGCCCUCCUGAAUCUCCAACCAUUGGUGCCAAGCAAAGUCACAAUUUAGUCCAACUUGAAAAGGUGAAGAGCAAAAAGAAACGGCGUUCACCUUCCUCAGCAACUCCUGUAGAGAAUACAAAUUUGGCUGAUACAGUUACCUCGGAAACGAGACUGCCAGCAGACUUGAGAUCUGUAGAGAUUACUCUCAACAAUGGGGAUCCGUUGCCAAUUGAUACAGGAUCGGAAGGUCACCUACUGUCUACAUCUCCUACACCUCUGAGGGAUGGAGAUGUACGGCAUGGACGCAGGAUACGCUCUCCUAGCGUACGCUAUGCAGACGAUAUGAUACUCUUCCCCCUUAAGUCUCCAAGGAAGUCCCCCAAAUUAGUGAAUCCUCGAGAUGGUGGAAGUCCAGAGGAUAGGCAAGAAAAGAUGCUGGAGAAGGACAAAACAUUUAAAACGGUUGUAGGGGAGAAGCUUACAAAGACAGCCGAGUGUCAAACAUCGGAAUUGUAUGCACUGUUGACAAGGACACUGACCAAUGAUAAAAUAAUUACUCCCUCACGACGCAAGUCCCCAAUGGAGACAGCUGUGGUGAGUGACAGCUCACUGACUGUGAAGAAACACACUGGUGCGGUAAGAGAGAUUAAUUUCAGUGAAGGGGUGAAAACAAACACUCGCGACAGUCAGAUUCAGGUUCAGAUGGAGGAACACCUGGCUAACAUUCACAAAGAGGAACUGACGCGCCUAAAACAAGAAUUACCCCCGGAUACCAAUAACAUAGCUUCUCCGUCUACCUCAACAGUGGCAAGUUACAAUAACGACAAUAUUUCUAAAGGUGAUUCAAGACAAAGUACAAAUAUUACCCUCGAUAACCAUAAACAAAAUUACUUAAAACAAAAAAGUGCAAACAAAAAGGUCUCCAAACAAAGUAGUUCCAAAGUAAGUGACUCUAAACAAAGAAGUCCCGUCAAAAAGGAAUCCAAACAAAGUCUCUCCAAGCAAACUGAUUCCAAACAAAGAAGUCUUCUUAAAAGUAAUAAAAAACACAGUAUCUCAAAACCAACAGACCUUCAACAAAGUGUUUCCAUGCCAACUGUUUCCAAGCAAAGUGUUCCCAUGCAAAGUGACUCCAAACAGAGUGAUACAAAAAAUAAACAAUCAAACAAACGAGAGUGUGAGAAAACAGACUCUGAACAGGUUGACUCCAAGCCAGGAAAACUUGAUUUCAAGCAAAAAAGUUCGAACAAAAGUGUUCCGAAACAAUGUGAAUCCAGACAAUUAGACUCCAAACAAAGUGAAUCCGGACAAUUAGACUCCAAACAAAGUGAUUCUAAGCAUAACGACUCCAAAAGUAGAAGUGCUGAUAAAAGUGUCGCCAAGGAAAUGGAUUCCAAGGAAAGAUGUAGCAGCAAAACUGAGUCGAAGACAAUUGGGGAGAAAAUUGACUCGAAGCAUAAGAUUAAAACUAAGAAUUCUUCUAAACAAAUGGAUGACAGCAAAAGUAAAAAUGAUCUCGGGAAAGAUAACCCCAAGCCUAAGAGUUACCUCAAGAAUGACUCGGAACAUUUGAGUGAACGUAAGAGUGACUUAAAACAGAACAGGAACAACGAAAGUGGCUCAGUAAAGCUACAAUGUGAUAAUGUUGAACCUGACCUAAAACAAAGUUGUAAAAUGGCUGUAAAACCAGACGUAAAAAGAACAAGUAGUGUUAAGUGUGAGUCUCUACAAGGCGGUGGUAGGGUUAAAGGUAGUCCCGGAAAGAAAGAUUCAGGUAGAGAUAGUAAGAAUAAUUCUGACGGGGACAAAGGCAGUGGAAAGUUGAUCGGAGCAAGUGAUAUUAAAAUUGAAUCUGAGGAACAAACUGACAAUUACAAAAUAGAUAAAAGCCAUAAUAAUGAAACAGAUGCAGAAGAAAAAUGUGAAAAGAGAUGCAGUGGAGAUAAAACCGAUUCCAUAGAAAAGUCAGACAGUUAUGUCUCCCAGAAACCAAAGAGUUCCAACUUAUUUAGUCUGAUCUCGCGUGUGAAAUCCAAUCUGGAAUGUCCCAAUCCUCUAACAGAGUUUCUCAAUUCUCCCCUUUACGAGCCUCCAUCUGGGGAUGAAGAGGAGGAUAUAAGUGAUGAGAGUUUUACAGCAUCAGAUAAGGAUAAUACAAGGCUUUUGGAGGAGUCCAGCCUAUCUGCUGAUAAGGACAACAAUAUUUCCUCUAGUGAUAAACUUUUAAAAGAAAUUCCUGAUAAUGAAGCAGGGAUAAAGGCUGGGUCUUUCACAGCAAAAGACACUAGUACUGAAAAACAGCCACAAUGGCGUAAAACUGACCAGGACAAAAACUCACUGGAGGAUUUACUGAAUUCUGACGGGCAAGGUGAGGAUCACAAAUCACGAGAUAGGGUGACAAAAAGUUCUGAGGAGAAAAACCAUUCACCAGGUAGGGUAACUCGAUCGCACACAUCUCCAGAAAAGCCCCAAUCACAGACCAGUUUACCAAGAAGGAACAACUCCCCUGACAAGAACACCAUAUAUCCUGCUGAUGUAAUUCUAGUAAAUACAGCAACCUCUUCAUCUGAUAAUAUCAAAUCAGCAUCCUCAAGUGGAAAGAAAACCGUUGGGAACAUGGAUGACAACCAAUCGAUGGUGGUUACUUCUACAGAUGCUGAUUCUACUACAGACGACUCACCCACCAGGAAAAACAUCUUUGACCUGUUAAUGUGUUCCUAUGAGGGUGAAAAGGGAGGAGAUGAGGAGGGAAAAGAGGAUGAAGAGGGAAAAGAGGAUGAGGAGGGAAAAGAGGAACAGGACACAAGGAUCCUAGAACAGCAAAAUGCAAAUGGUUCUGUAGAGGAAAAAUUGGCAACAAAUGCUAGCGGUGAGUGUGGUAACAAAGAUUCCAAAAAGGAACUGGAUUCAGCCAGAAAUCAAAAAGAUUUGGAAGUGGUUGAUUCCAAUAAGAAGGAAUCUAAAGUCAGCUUGUUACUGGACCCUGUAGACACUGUUGAUCUGACAUGUGAUGAGGAUGGCUUUGAUUCGGUCUCUGAUGAAGUUCAGAAAGAACAAACUGUAAUGGCCUCUCCCAUGACUGGUUACACAGGAUCAGCCUUAAAAAGUGAUCUGACUGGGUCAACAACAGCCUCCACCGUGCAGCGAAGCCAGCCUGUAUCUGCUGGCCAGGAUACUCCAGAUCACCCGAAGAUCAGUGAACCCAGACCUCUAGAUGUCCUAAAAAGUGUGGAGAUGGAUACCCCAGAUAAGAUGUCGGCCUUCCAGAGCAAGUCCCUCGAUGAAUACCUUCAAAAAAUGAAAAACCAAGAUACUCAUGUCGUGCAGGAUGAUGAUACAGAUGAGGAGGAGGAGGAGGAGCAGGAGCAGGAGCAGGAGGAUGAGGAGCAGGAGGAUGAGGAGCAGGAGGAUGAAGAAGGUGAAGAAGAUGAAGAAGAGGAUGAGGAUGAAGAGGCGAGGGAAUUUGAAGAGGAGCUGGAACCAGAUUUUGACGAAGUGGAUGGCAUGGUGUUUGUGUCUUUCCCAUCAGAGGAAACACUUUCUGCUCACAUAGAGGUAGAGCGAAAAACAAGAAUUGGGAAAAAUGAAAAUCUGCUACUUGGUAUAUCUAGGCUAAGGAAUCUUCGUAAAAAACGUGAUCAUAUGCAACUGAAAUAUAAUAAAAGAAUUCAUAGACUGAAAGCAUUAAAAGCUCAGGGACAGCUGAAUCAGAAUUUACGGGGGAUGCACAAGGCUCUGGAGAAAUAUCAAAAGUUGUACAGAACAGAACUGUAUAUCAUUUUGAAAUCUAAGAACAAAGAUGUUAACUUCAAAUCACCACAAAAAACUUCUGACAUCACAAAGAUCAAAGGGUGGAAGAAAAAAUUUGGUAACACUGAGCAACUGGCUGAGGCCACUGGCUUGCCUAUUUCACAGGCAGGAAAACUUCACUGGAGAACUGAGGCCCGACUCCUUAAAAAUCUCAAGCCUGAUGAACUGAAGGAAAUCGGACUCAACCUGAAAAAAAAGCGAAGGAAGAAUCUUGUUUUUACUAUCAGGAAAGGUAUGUCAAAGGGAGACAAUCGACCAGAUAGGAAUGAGGAUGGAGCUGAGGAAUAUGAGGAUGUGGAGGGAGAGGAUUAUGAUGAUGACCAUAAUGACAGAAAUGAAGAUGACUUAAGGGAUGAUGAUGGCAACAAAGAUGAUAGCUGGUUUGAUGAUUUCAGUAUAUCGCCAGAAAAGGAGAAAAAGUCUCAGUAUAUGAAAAAACAAGAAAGGCUUAAGAAACGACUGAUGCUUCAGAGUUUGAGCUUUGGCCCUGAAGAAGAAACAAUUAUUCGCAAGCUUGGAGGGCAGAGAUCUCUGAGGAAAAGCAUCCUUGGUCUGAACUCUGAAGACCGAGCUCCUCCUUUGGAGGAGGUGACAAAGGGGAAGCGUGGUAGGAAAAGAAAAGGAGAGGCAAUGACCCUUACAACAGUAUCUCAAAGCAUGGCUUUGCAGGCUUUGGCUACUCUGGACCAACGCUUUGUCAAGGAGAAGCCAAAACCAUCACCUCCUGUUCUCAAGGAAGUCCCUCAUGUGAAGAAGGAAGUAUCUGAUCGUCUGGGGCUACAGGAGGAUCAGGAUAUAGACGACUGGCUGCCCCCAAAGGAGGUCAACAAGGAAAAACGAAUUCGAGGCAGAAAGAAGAAGAAGAAGUUCUCUCAUAAGGUCAAGGAGGAAAACGAAGUGCAGUGUGAUCAGCCAGGUUGUCGGUAUGGAUGUAUAUGUCACCUGUGUAAGUUUGCUGAACCUGGCCCUGAUAGUGACAGUCGGCCUUCUCAGGACACGCCAUGCGACAAAGAGUACUGUCGUCUCGGCUGCAUCUGUGACAGCCUCAUGGCGCGGGGUCACGACCCCAUGGUGGAAUGCCAGAAACCUGAGUGUCAACAAGGCUGUCUGUGCCUGAAGGAAGAACAAGGGGAGGCAACUGAGGAGGAGAAACGGCAGACACAAAAAGCAGUACAGAAGCGAGUUGAGGCCUUGCCUCGACGACAGUCCACAUACAGACUGGCUAAGAACCUAGAUGCUGUAAGCAGGAAAGCCAUGCUGUAUUAUGAGAGCAGUGAGAUGUACUGUACUGAACAGAGCACAAGGAAACGUAAGAGUAAGGAAACGGAUGACCUUCCAAAGGAACAAAAUAGGACAGUCUGUCAUACAACAGGUCCCGGACCUGCGUCAGGUCCUGCUACAUCUCUGUCCCCGUAUCCUGUAUCAGCUGUGGCCAACACUGCAGUCUCAGCAGCUACCCAUGUCCCUGUUCCAUCAGGCAUACAGGUGGUGCCCCCACCAACAGCAGCCAUGGAUGCCAAGAUGAGCCGUUAUGUUAUAACAGCCGGACAGAUCAAGUCCUCCAAUGGCGUUGCAAUUCCUGACAAAUCCAAAAAUAUGAAACCAGCUUCCAAGCCAUCAAAGCAGACAGGAAGAAAGGAUCCUCCAUGGUUUCCCUCCAACAAGUCCAGGAAAAAGGAUGAGAUUGGCAUUCGUAGAACCGAGUUUGAUGACAUCACCUUUGACGAGAUGUUGGAGUCAGACAGUGAAGACAACGCAGAGUUUAUCUCCUGUGCCCGAACCGUACCGUAUUACAAUUACGCUCGCAGCAGGAACAAGCAGAGAUGUACAUGUCAUAUGGACAACUGCACUCAGGGCAGUGCAAGCUGCCAAGGGGCAAAGGCCAUGGAUUCCGGGGCACAAAAGUCAAAGACAGUUAAUUCCAAGACCAGAGAGGUUGGCGAUCCUUUGAGCCCGAUAGUGAUCUCCCCUGGAAACACCCCUCCUUCCUCUCCGUCCUCCCAAGCCCUGAAUCUCACCAGGCUGCCGGACCGUAUAGGCUGCAAUGGGUCAAAGAACAUACCAGCCAUGGGAGCGAGGAAGUCCAUUCACACUGGAUGGCACACACAGUGGGUGUGUCUGAAGACCAGUAAGAAAAAGCCAGAAGAGGAGGAGGAGAGCUACGAGAUACGACUCCUGGAAAUGAUCUCUAAUUGUAACUGGGAAAAUGCCAAACAAAAAAUCUUGUCCAAAAUAUCCAACCAGAUUUCUCGAGAGCAUUAUCCCACCCCUCGACAAAUGAUUGUGGGCGACUUUUGUAUCUCGUUCCUACCUCGUUCAGACAAGCCAGCAGUGAUACCCCCAGAAGUGAAGGCCAAACUUCCCAAGUCUAUCUUUUCCAUUAGGAUAAAAGUGGAAAAGAAAAGCCAUGUACUGAAGACUCGUCUCGGGGAAUUUAUUACUGAACAGGAAAAGAUCCUAAAGCCGAGUCUUGAGGCACAAGACGUUAUAGCACUGGACACACCACCCACAACCACUAGUUCUAGUCUAAUGUCUGGAGGAAUUUCUGGCCUUAGUCAUCUCCAAAUCAACCGUCACACCACACCCACUACCUUGAAGUGGAUACCAGUGUCCAAUACAGUGGGUAAAACGGUGACCAGUCCCUCCCAGGUGUCACCUCUUGGUGUGUCGUCCCCCUCCAGUGUCCUCCUGAAGCCAGGGAUGUGUUCCAAGGUCAGCGCUCCUCCCCAUGGCACUAUUGGAAAGAGCCAGCCUAACAACCUAGUCAUCUUACAGAACUCGGGUGGACAGAAAUAUGUAUUGGCGUCCUCUGUCACCCAACCUAACCUACAACUCGUGCCUCCAGUGAACACCAACAGUACCAUGGUCAGCUCCAGUGUGUCCCAAAACGUUAAUCGGGGGGCCAAUUCUGCUGUAUCUACAUCUACCUCAAGUGCAACAGUUGUCAGUUCUAAUGUUCCAGUCAUGAUUUCGAAUAUGGUCACUACCAAAUCAGCAUCACUACCUACUCCCUGUAGUAGUUCGGGUGUUCCCAUUGUGAUUUCAAGCGUAACUUCUAGCACAAACCCAUCUGUUCGAACAUCUACCUCUAAUGUACCUGUGGCUAAUAUUGGAAUACCUCUGAUACAUUCCAGUCGGGUCUCUGCAAAGAUGAGUGGUAUUCCUACUGUUAACCCAGGUGAACCACAAGCUGUUUCUCCCGCUAAUUCUGGUGUCACUCAGUUCAUCCCUAAUGUGCCUCAAUCAAACUGCUCAAAGACUGGAACAUCAGUGUCUUGUCCAAAUGUCAUUAACAUGACUUUCACUCUACCUGGUAAAAGCACAUCACAUUCUACUGUCACAACACACUCUGUUCCUGUCACACUCCUGGCAAGUACCCAGGCCGUUACAAUGGUUACCAUGGCUACCUCAGCUUCCCCAGCAAGUUCAGUGAAAAGUGUUCUAAGCUCCAUACCUGGUAGCCUGUUGACAAAGCAAUCUUGCCAUGGUCUUCACCCAAGUGUCAAAGUUCAAGGGGUAAUUGGGGAUAACAUCCUCGCUCCUGCCAAUCCUGGUAUGGUGUCCAAACUUGUUCCAAUUGUGCCUAAACUGAAGCAGGAUAUGAUAUUAAUCCCAAUACCUGCACCGUCGAGUAGCCGUUACAGCGUACCUCCUACCUCUGGCAGCCAGAGCAAAAUGACAACAGCUCAGUCGCUUAAAGUUAAACAGAUACUAAAUGCAAGCAGGGAAGGAUCUGGCAAGAAUGAGGCCAAUCAACCUAUGGUAGUGGUUAAGGAGAUGUGCCUUGGUCCAAAUGACAAAAAGUUGGUCACAAAGAACACAGUGGAGCAGGGAGAUGUCUUGUUCCAUUCUUUCCUUAUGAGUCGGCCCCAGGCCUCUCCUGUUGAAGGGGAGAUAAAACAGGGCAAGAAACGAAAGAAAGGUUCGAAAGAUGGUGAUAACAAUGAGGAAACAGAAGUAGAUACAGAAGAGAAAAAGAAAAAAAAGAAGAAGAAGAAAAAACCAAAACCUGCCGAUGAUGAUGAGGGAGAAACAAAAUCACAAGAGGAGAGCAAGAAAGGCUCAAAAAAACGAAAGAAGAAGAAAGAAACAAGUGAGAUAAGUUCUGAAAGUUUGAUGCAAAAUGAAAAAUCUGAAAAUGUUGCUGACAAGGCUGACAGGUCAUCGCCACCUACAAAAAAGUGUCGCAGUGAUUCUACAGAGGAGGGGCAGUUGACUUCUGACUCUGCAAAUAAGAAAAACGUGUUGGAUGCAAAGUCUGACAAAAUGUUUGGAGAUAUAAAGAUAAAUACAAAGUGUGGCGAGAUUUCUGGGACAAAUCCAAAUAUAGUGACCAACAGCAAAUGUGACAAAGACAAAACAUCAGAUUCAAAUUGUGACAGAAAUUCUCAGAUAGAGAUGAAGUGCAUCAAAGAUACUGUGACAACUUCGGACAGUUUUACUGGUACAAAGUGUAACAAAGAAGCCAACUCUACAUGUAAUGAAAACAAGGUGGUCACACCAGAUCUACAUUCUGUUCUCUUUAGCCAGAUUGAGAACUCGAUUCGUGAAUAUGAUGGUCAGGAUGAACCUGAGAUUGUAGAUAUAACAAAAACCUCAGAACAUGUUUCAACUAAAGGGCGAAGUGACAGUUUGACCUCGGAAAAACCUAAUAACCCCACCACUGUGGUGUUGGACACUCCAGUAGUAUCACAAGUGUCCAACACUACUGGAGUGAUCGGCAACCUAUCUAACAGGUUGUCCUCUGGAUCUUCUGACAACAAGAGUUACAGUGUUUUACCUAAAGACAAUCGUAGCAUCUCGGACAAAGUUGGCAGCCAAUCUAAUGUUUCCUCUAGGGACAAUUUGACAAAUCAGCCAGUGUGUGAUAUGCCACUAACUAGUGAUCAGGAUGUCACUCUUGUACUUGACUCCCCAUCUCGGUUUGAAAUGGACACGGAAUCAAGUGAAGGGGACCGUCAGUCUUGUGAAACUUCCCAGAAUUCCCUGAAUGAUCUGAAGAUGUUGGCGACUGUACAAAAAGCAAGUGUUGACGUCCUUCAGAUCAUUGAGGGUUCCAAAAACCCUGAGGGGGCAAGACACCCACUUAUGCCUGUUGAAGUGUCAAGUGGAGAGGAGGAAAAUGCCAAGAACACGGAUAACCAGAUAACACAGAGCAGGGUCACAGUGGCUGGCAAUGACAACAGCAUAGACAAUGGGAAAGUGGAAAAACUAGUGGGGAAGAGCAUGGAGAUUGUUAACAGCAUUCGGCACCAUAUCGACCUUUCUCAGGAUAAAAUCAGAGAAAUCAAGUUGCAGACAGUGGACUCAAUUAGACAGGAGGACAAAACCCACGAGGAACCUUGGAUAGAAGAUGGGACCUGGGACUCCAGGAUAAGUCAUGAGGGCUGUGAAGAUUUGGUGAUCAAUCUUAGUGAUGAGGAAUCAAGUAGCCCGGAGGCUAGGAAUCCAGUAAGGGAGGGAGUGGUCUCGGCAGCUGAAGUAGGAACUGGUCAUCUCAAGCGCAACAAGGUUAGGACAGCGACAGAGCCUGUAGUUGGAACAGAAGCCGAGCCUGUAGCGAUCAUUGUCAUUGACGAUGAGGACAAACCCAGUAAUACCCACAACAAGCAGCAGGUCACAGCUUCAAGUAAUGUCAAGUCUAACAGAGUUACUCCCCCUACCAGUGAUGAGGUUGACAUCACAACAGUCAUUAAUAAAGAGCAGAACUGUGAUAGUGACAUAGACAUAGAGAAUGCGUCUGAUGAGGAGAGCGGUUCUAACCAGUUACAGUCCUACAUGAUGCAGGAGACUCGGCCAGUCCAACAACCUUCUGCUUGCUCCAUCCAUAGUCAUAAGGGCAAGCGCAAAGCUUCCCUCGACACCAUCGACAACAUGCUCAAACAUAGCGUGGAAUUUAGAGAGGGCCUCGUGAAAAGUAGCAAGAAAACUGGCGGCAACAAAAAGGAAAAGAAUACAAAGCACAAUUCAAUGGAAAAACAGCGAAGAAGAGAUCUGAAAAAUGGAUUCAAAGACCUGAUUGAAGUCAUAUUUGGUCAAGAUGAAACUGGUCAGAAGAAACCUUUGUCUGUUGAGGCCAUUCAGGGAGCCUCUAAAAUCAAGGUUCUCCACAUGGCUCUGAACAUGAUAAAGGAGAGUGAAGAGAAGAAGAUCCAGUUUGACAGUAAGAUUGCCGCUCUUCGCCUCCAGAAAAAUGCACUCCUUAGCCGCCUCAACCGCUCCCGAUGUGAUCUGAUAAAUUCUGGUAUGGCUCCAGUAAAGAUACAGGAUAUUUUGAACAAGAUUUCCAAGACUUGCCAAUUCAUCUUUGCAAAAAGGGAGAUGUUGAUGAAAAAGAGAAUGGACACUCUAAAGACGGCUCUUGAUACAUGUGCAGCAUCUGAUGUGAAAACUGAGGAAAAGUUACAACCAUCCUAUUCCAAGGCUCUUGUAAAACCUAAAAAGGCUCAAAAUAAAUCAAACGCUAAGUCAAAAUCAGUGCAGCCACAAAUGCCCCUGCCGAAGCUCACACAUUUCAAAGGUCAGAGUGUGACCCCAAUUCUGCCCAAGAACGUUCCGUAUACCGCUGUGCCAGUACAGCUUGUGUCCACAGAGCAGGUGCGUCAGAUGGCGCAGAUAAACCAACGCUCCAAGCCAGAGAUAUACAUUGACAACGCGGAAGACAGGGGCAUUUCCAUCAAGGAGGAGCAUCUUAGUGAAGACGAAUACACUCGAGACUCGCCUCUACAAUCCACAAACAGCUGGUCCCAACAGGAGACCAGGCAAGGGGUCAACAGCAGUGUAAAUGAAAACAAUGCAAGGUUCAGGGUCAGUAGCUCGCCAUCCAGUAACCAAGGCAAGGAGAAGGUGGAUGAGGAGGAGUUGGACAGGAUGAACACACAGUCACCAGUGUUCUCUGAUGUUGACAUUUCUGAAAAUUAUUUUGUCCAGCAGGAUGAGGAAGACGAGAAUAUGGAGGCUGGAGUGGACGAUCCUCUCACCUCCUCACAUGGCUCCAGUGAUAUGGAAUACAAAGUCAUAGACACUUCCAGUCACUCAGAGGUCAUGGUGGGCUACAUCCCUGAGGACACAGGUCAAUAUAGUCAGGAUGGGGGCAAACCUCCGCAGGAUUUUGGUAAAUCCGAAAAGGACAGUAAUUCACCGUCAGUGGGUGUCAGCUGAGGACAAAUUAGCAGUGGUCGUUAAUUUGAAGAUAAACCCAUCUACAGUUGUGAAAUGUAAAACAGGAUGUCGCCAGCUGAGUCGAUAUUUAGAAUCUAGAAUCACUGCAGAAUUUGAAAAACCUCAGGUGUCUGUUCAGGUGUCGUGUAAGUGAACCUCUGAUAUUGGUCUUUCAAGGUGGAUAUAGAAAGCUGUGUUAAGUACUGUCUUGUGUAUGUUCGGGAUAUGAUAAUGAAUGGCACCAGUGUGUUUCCUUAUGACACGCGAGUUCAGUAGAUAAUUGGACAGGGAGUGGAUGUCACUUCACGACCGGAUGUCGCACAACCCCGGAUAAUGUUAAUACACCUGGUGAUACUAAGGAUGGAAGGGAGACAACUCAGUGCCUGUAUAUGAUCCUGUGGACAUGUCGUAGGUCAGGUGUAAUGAUAGUAAGUGAUGCCUUAGGUGGUGACCUUAAACAGGCAUAGAUGCAGGUGUGAGAUUGAGACAGGUGUGUAAUAUUGGCACAGGUGUGAGACAUUGACACAGAUGUGUGAGCUGGUACUGACACAGGUGUGUCAUACAGGUGUCAAAAUACAUAUACACACACGUGCACUGUUAUAGAUCUAGGCUUCCACUGGGAAUAAUCUUGUCCGACAUUAUUUUUUUUACAGCCAGGGAAGGUGAACAGGCCUAAUGGACCUUUUGUUGUUGCUAUUGUUCCUUGACAAACAACUGUUUUCAUGAGACAUGCUGCUUAGUAUAGUCUCCAGUAACUUUGAUAUUCAUAACCAUAAUUUAUAGAAACACAACAUAACAAUUGGAAAUCCAGUUAGCAUCAGCUAUGAUGUUGUAAUUAUACAUUUGUGACAUGAGAUAUGUUAUAAUUUGUAUAGUUGACAGUAUAUAUAUAUUGCUGUGAGAAGAAUUGCUAAUGUGAUGCUUAUGUUCCCAGACUCACAGUCUGGCCAGCUUGCAAUACAGUGGAUUUUGAUACCUGCUGACAGACACGCACAAAUGACUUGUCAAAAUGGUGAUGAAUCUAUGUUCCUUGUUCUGCCACAAACAGAACAUAGUUUGUAUAUAUGUUUAUCAAAUAGUGCUUUCUUUUUGUUAGUGUGACAUGGACCUACUUGUACAGUGCCUCUCCAUUGGCUUCAAAAAUAAUCUCUGCAUGCUACAAUUUGCUGAUAUAUUAUUAAACCUGCUAGAAAUGUUUGUGGUAACAGUUUCUUUAAAAAUUGGCAAACUUUUGUGGGAUUUUUUCAAUAUUUUCACUGUCCAAUAAAAUCGGCUUGUCCCUCCAAACCCACCAUUGCUUGAAAACCCAGUUAAGCAAUAGAAAAGCUUGGAAGUUUAUGUAGUUCAGAAAUUUACAAUAUAUUAUUAUUUACUUGAUUAUGUAUAUAACUUGUACUUGAAAUCUUUGGCAUACUUGAUGGAAAAGUAUGUGUAUUGUACAUAGAAUAAUUGUUUUCUUUACUUACUUGUACAUAAAUACUGGUAAAUACAUAUAUGGCACAUCCGUAGAAUACCCUUUGGGUACCCUUGACCUUUGUACAGAGGUCAGGGAAUACCCUUUGGGUACAUUGACCCUUGUACAGAGGUCAGGGAAUACCCUUUGGGUAUCUUCACCCUUGUACAGAGGUCAGGGAAUACCCUUUGGGUACCUUGACCCUUGUACAGAGGUCAGGCGAUACCCUUUGGGUACCUUGACCCUUGUACAGAGGUCAGGCAAAACCUUUUCGGUACCUUGACCCUUGUAUAGAGGUCAGGGAAUACCCAUUGGGUACCUUGGCCUAUAUGUAGGUCAAGCAAGGCAUGUGAUGGCAGCUUGUGUUCAUGGCAAAUGGCUGGAUGCUUAUACUUUGUGGAUCAUGAAUGUUACAGUGAAAAGUUGAACAUUUAUAGUUUUGGACAUGUGUUCUAUUGGAGUCAGUAACAUAUUUAAGAUAUUAACUAUUUGUGUAUAAAUUAACGAAUUUGAAUGUGUUUGUUCAGGUUAAAUGAUCACAUGUGUAUAUCAUAUAAGGAUAUACACAUUACAUAUUCAUUGAUACGAGGAUGUAUGUAUAUGUGAACAUUGUGUGUACAUUGUAGUGUAUGUGUGUGCAAUACUUAUGAAUGUGUGUACAUCACAAUAUGUGUGUCUACAUGUACAUCGCAAUGUGUGUGUGUGUUGCGAAAAUGUACGAGUACAUUUGCAUUGUAUGUAUAUGUUUUCGUACAUAUGUGUGUAUAUAACAAAACUCCGGUCUGUAACUGGUAUACACAUCCCAAUGUACACAUAUGAAAACAUCACAAUGCAAAACUUGACAAUAGUUGUAAAUAUAUAAAUUGCAACAUGUGUAUUCAUUGCAUUACGUCAUGUUUGUAAAUAUGUACAUAGCAAUGUAUUUGUGUGUAAAUUGCAAUAUGUGUACUAGUCAUUCCCAUGUUCACCCAUGCAAACUACACAUACAUUGUAAUGUACACAUACCCAGUAUGUUAUGUAUGCAUGUACAUUGGAAUGUCUGUGUGCAUGCAUAGAGAUACACAUGUGUACAUAAAACAUGUGCAUUGUGGUUGAAAAGUUGAUUGUGUUGUGGAAAGAUUGGUAAUUUAGUAGAGUUUACGAGAUAUGUGCAGGGUCAGAAUAGGGAGACCACUUUUGUGUGUUCAGCGGAGACAGGACAUGAGAAAGAUAUAUCAGUGAUUGUGUGUGUGAGCCAGGAAAGCUUACAGAAUAUUACACCUGGUUGGUUGUGAUGCUGAACAAUAUUAGAUAGAGUGAUGUUUUUCUAGGUAAUGAUAAACACAGGGACAUGUUACAUGCUAUGAAAAUAAUAUACUGUGAUGCCCACUUGUAUACAUCUUAAGUUUUAUUGCAUGUGACAUGUCCCUGUGAUGUUAAACAGUUCUGUUUAGAUUCUUCAGUAUAAGUCAUUUUAAGUUUUGUCAGCAUCUCAGAAAACAGGUGUCCGAUGCUUUUUCUAUCAACAUAGAUAAAUGUUAACAUUUUAAUAAGUUUAAUUUGAUCUCAUUCCCAUUUAAAUCAUACAUCAGAUUCUCUUACAGAUCACAAUGUUCAACCAUGCUUUGAGUUAGUUAAUCUGUUUUUGUUGACAUUUUCGUCUCGAUGGCUUUGUACAUUUACAGUUACACCUACACCAACAUGGAGCAUAUGAACCUGUGAUUUCAUCAACUCAUAAAGGUCAACUUUGUUGUUUGUGUUUCCACCUGAAACAGGUAUAAAGCUGGUGUAUACUAGACAAUAUUUGCCAGUCUAUUGUUUGCCCUAAUGAAGUACAAUUCUCAUGAGAGUAAAAAUGGUGUAGAGCUUCCCACAGUGUCGUCCGAAUUGUUCUGACGUUUUAUCCACUUUUUUCAUAUGGGUCUGUCGUCGAUUAACCGACAGACCGAUAUAAAAAAAAGUCGAUAAAACGUCAGAAUAAUUUGGACUACCAACAGUGUAGAGGUCAUUCAGCAAUGUCUGAAUAUUAAUGUUUUAGUGUAAAGGGCAAAUAUUUCACUAGGCAAAAUAUUCUCUGGUAUAUCAGAGAUUACUGUAUGUUGGACUAACUUAGACAGAUUUUCUCAUCUUUGAUAUUUUACAGACUAUCAUAUCCAAUUCCAGCUAUUUAACAAAGAGAGGAUAUCACAUGGACUACAAUUAUAUAUGAAAACAGGAUAAGUGAAUUGUAUGUGUACUGUGAUUUCUCGCUUGCCAGUUAACAAGCCCCUGUGAUCACAAAGCGAGGAAAUUUAUAAUGGAAAUUUUAAGUCUAAAAGUAUAAUUAUUUUUUGAAUGCUGAAGGUAAUGAAUUAUUGGAUUGACUUGCAAAUGAUUUAAAUCAUAAUAUACAUUCAUAUUUGAUAUUUCAUGUAUAUAUAUUACAAAUGAUAUUUUAGUUGAUGAAAAUUCUUUAACAGAUGGAAUUGUUUUUGAAAUAUAUGUAAUAUACAUAUAUAUUUCUUAACCUAUAUACAUGAUUUGCAUGAAUUUGAAAAACAGUGCAGUACAAAAUGUAUCAUCACAGCAAUGGUAUCCAAGGGCAGACAACCCAUGGACGUUUAUGCCACCAAAUCAUAUAUAAGAAUAAAAACAUACUUCUCAACAAAUCCAGUCCUUUACUUUUAUUACUACUAGUCCUAUUCUAAGUCUCACAAAUUUUGCCACUCUAAAGUAUUGCUGGAGUUAAUAAGAAAAAGUGAAGGAACUUUACCAUAACUUCAGCUAUACUUCAAUAGAAACCUUAAAGUAGAGAGUCCAAACAGUUUUCUCUGGUAUACAGGUGUUGAAAUGGAAUUUUCCUGUUAAAUUUAUGUAAUUUUCUUUAUAUUAACACAAAAAGACAAUUGUAUGCUAGGCCUUUUUAGGGGACUGAAACAGAAGGAAAAGUAUAAAGAAAACUAUUACUAGAAGUGCAACAAUAUCCAGGCUAGAUAAUCAAGAGGCCCAGGGGUUAAAUCCUUGUGGUAGAUACAUUUGUAUGUUUUGAGAAAAAGGAAAUUCCUUUAUAACUUACUGCUAUGGUUAAUGAGCAAGCAAUUCAAUGUUAGAAAACCGCUGAACAUAUUGGGCCUUUUUUGUUAGAUCCCUGGGACUCUCUACCUUAAGUAAAACAUGCUGCUGAGACUGGGUCCAGGACAGACUCACGAAUCGGUCUAUUUUGAGGUUAGGUCUUGUUUUAAUCAUGUUUAGUUCUAAUCAGUACUUCUGACAUUUUAUGCUCAUUAUUAUUAUGUAUGUCGAGCUGGGAUUUAAAUAAAUCUGCCAUUCU